CCAGCAAAAUGAACCUCUUCCUCCUAUGAUCCUAUCCACUGCAAGCUCUUUCUAUUGUCCCGAAAUUAAAUGUUGGACAUAUCCAAUUUUUAAAAAAUUUUAUUUGGUGUAAAUCUGUUGUAAAAAUUGCCAUAAAUUUCCUUGCAUCCAGGCUUCUAUAUAGCUAGCUAGCUAUCGUGAAGAGUUAAGCAUGGACAAAAUGACUCCGGCGGCUGAUGGCGACGACGAUGAGACGACAUGCAUCCGUGCCUUGGAGCUAAUCUUCACCUUUGUCGUUCCCAUGACACUCAAGGCGACGAUCAAGCUUGGCCUCCUCGACGCACUCACCGGCGGCGGCCACGCACUCACCGCCGACGAGCUGGCCGCGGCCGCGCAACUGCCGGCCGAGGCGGCGUCGUCGGUGGACCGCAUGCUGAGGCUCCUCGCGUCGUUGGAUGUCGUCAAGUGCGCCCCGACAGACACUGGAGGCGAAGCAGCUGUCCGGCGGUACACGCCAGCGCCGGUGUGCAGGUGGUUUGCCGGCGAAAGGUCUCUGGCACCGCUGGCCAUGUUCCUCCUCGACGACGACUACCUGAGCACCUGGAAUCAGUUGCCGGCGGCGGUGGCCGGCGGCGACGGGCAGGUGGCGUUCGAGAAGGCUCGCGGGAUGCCCAUGUUCGAGUACAUGGGGACGAACCGCCGGCUGAACACGCUCUUCAACCAGGCCAUGGUGCAGCAGUCGACGGUGGUGAUCGGCAAGCUGCUCGAGCGAUUCCAGGGGUUCGACGGCGUCAGCGUGCUCGUCGACGUCGGCGGGGGCACCGGCGCCACCCUGGAGAUGAUCACUUCGAGGUACAAGAACAUCACCGGCGUUAACUUCGACCUGCCUCAUGUCAUUGCUCAGGCUCCAUCUCUUCCGGGUGUCAAACAUAUAGCUGGAAAUAUGUUUGAGAGCGUACCUAAUGGAGAUGCAAUUUUCUUGAAGUCGAUGCUCCACCUACAUAACGAUGAGGACUGCAUCAAGAUCCUCAAGAAGUGCCACCAAGCACUCACACACAACGGGAAGGUGAUUGCUGUUGAGAUACUUCUCCCAGCGAUUCCAGAGCCGGUCCCAACAGCACAAAACCCAUUCCGGAUGGACAUGAUCAUGCUCAACAAUCACUGGGGAGGAAAGGAGAGGACGGAACCAGAGUUUGCUAAGCUAGCCGUGGAAUGUGGCUACACCGGUGUAUUUCAAGCAACCUAUAUUUUCGCUAACUAUUGGGCUCUUGAGUUCAGCAAGUAGUUCUUCAAAAUCAUGUUAAUUUGGUUUUAUAUUUAUUAUGUAUUUCAAUAAGUAUAUAUGGCAAAGAGUAAUUCCGAUGCCAUGCAAAUGGUUUGAAAUUGUUUUUACUUGUGUAAUAAAAAUAUAAAUUACCCCCUAUAAAUCGAA